CCGGGGGGGCCCGGCCCGGGCCGCCGGAGGAUCCCGCCGCUGCCCGCCGGCACCACGGGCCUGGAUUUAAGUCAUAAUCACUUACUGUCCUCUAACUGGAGCAUUGAUUUGUCUAAUCACACACUGCAAGAAGUGAAGAUGAAUUACAAUGAGCUAAGUGAAAUUCCCUACUUUGGAGAACCAACUGCUAAUAUUACUAUUCUGUCAUUAGUACACAAUACAAUUCCACAGAUAAAUGCAGAGCAGCUUGAACUUUACCUUUCAUUGGAGAACCUAGACCUUAGCUCUAACCUCAUAUCAGAAAUUAAAGCUGCUUCAUUCCCACGAAUGCAGUUGAAGUACCUGAAUCUGAGUAACAACAGAAUAACUACCCUAGAAGCAGGCUGCCUUGAUAACUUAUCCAGUUCUCUAGUGGUGGUGAAACUAAACAGAAACAGAAUUAGUAUGAUUCCACCAAAGGUCUUCAAAUUGCCUCACGUGCAAUUCCUGGAACUUAAAAGGAACCGGAUUAAAAUAGUGGAAAGUCUUACAUUCCAGGGUCUGGAAUCCUUAAAGUCAUUAAAAAUGCAGCGCAAUGGGAUUAGCAAACUAAUGGAUGGAGCAUUCUUUGGAUUGGAUAAUAUGGAAGAACUAGAACUGGAACAUAAUAACCUGACAGAAAUAAACAAGGGCUGGUUGUAUGGCUUACGAACGUUGCAACAACUCUACGUUAGCCAAAAUGCCAUUAACAGGAUCAGUCCAGAUGCAUGGGAAUUCUGCCAGAGACUUUCUGAACUAGACUUGUCGUACAACCAGCUGACCCGCCUGGAUGAGUCUGCCUUUGCGGGACUUGGCUUAUUGGAGAAAUUAAAUCUAGGUGACAACAGAAUCAUUCACAUUGCUGAUGGUGUCUUUAAAGGGCUGUCAAAUCUUCAAACUCUAGAUUUGCGGAACAACGAGAUCUUUUGGGCCAUAGAAGAUUCGAAUGAAGCCUUUGCAGGUCUCAGCAGCCUCAACAAACUAAUCUUGCAAGGAAACCAGAUCAAAUCAAUUACAAAGAAAGCAUUCUCUGGUCUUGAAGCACUUGAACAUCUAGAUUUGAACAACAAUGCAAUAAUGUCUAUCCAAGAAAAUGCUUUUGCUCAGACUCACUUUAGUGAAUUGAUGUUGAACACCAGCAGCCUUCUCUGUGACUGCCAGUUGAAAUGGCUGCUUCAGUGGCUCGUUGACAGCCAUUUACAACAGGAUGUAAAUGUUAGCUGUGCUCACCCUGAAUGGCUAGCAGGACAAAGCAUUCUCAAUGUGAAUCCUGAAGACUUUGUCUGUGAUGACUUUCCUAAACCACAGAUAAGAGUACAUCCUGAGAGCGCAAUUGCUCUAAAAGGCAUAAAUGUGACUUUGACUUGCACUGCAGUAAGCACCAGUGAUUCACCAAUGUCCACUGCAUGGCGUAAAGACAACGAAAUAUUGUAUGAUGCAGAAGUUGAGAAUUUUGCCAGGUAUCAGCAGCAAGAUGGAGAGGUCCUUGAGUACACCACAGUCCUGCAUCUUUUCAAUGUGAAUUUCACCGAUGAAGGGAAAUACCAGUGCAUUGUCACCAAUCACUUUGGUUCCAAUUAUUCCAACAAAGCCAAACUGACUGUCAAUGAGCUGCCUUCCUUUCUGAAGACCCCCAUGGAUCUAACUAUCCGUACUGGGGCCAUGGCCCGACUUGAGUGUGCUGCCGAGGGCCACCCCUCUCCCCAGAUCUCAUGGCAGAAAGACGGUGGCACAGACUUCCCUGCAGCACGAGAGAGGCGAAUGCAUGUUAUGCCUGAAGACGAUGUGUUCUUCAUCGCAAAUGUAAAAAUAGAAGAUAUGGGAAUCUAUAGCUGUAUGGCACAAAACAUUGCAGGAGGUCUAUCAGCAAAUGCCACACUGACUGUGUUGGAAACUCCUUCGUUUGUUAGGCCUCUGGAAGACAGGACAGUAACCCGAGGUGAAACUGCUGUGUUGCAGUGUAUAGCUGGUGGCAGUCCAGCCCCUCGCCUGAACUGGACUAAAGAUGAUGGGCCCCUAACAGUAACAGAACGACACUUCUUUGCUGCUGCCAAUCAACUCCUUAUCAUUGUGGAUGCUGGAUUAGAGGAUGCUGGGAAAUAUACAUGCAUUAUGUCCAACACACUUGGCACAGAGCGUGGCCAUAUUUACCUAAAUGUAUUAUCUUCCCAAAAUUGUGAUUCCUCCCAAAGUGGUAUUUUACACGAAGAAGAUGGCUGGACGACAGUUGGCAUUGUGAUUAUUGUUGUAGUCUGCUGUGUUGUGGGCACCUCUUUGGUAUGGGUUAUAGUUAUAUAUCACAUGCGGAGAAAAAGUGAAGACUACAGCAUCACUAACACAGAGGAGAUGAAUUUACCUGCAGAUAUUCCCAGUUAUUUAUCCUCCCAGGGAACUCUUUCUGAACCUCAAGAAGGCUACAGCAACUCAGAGGCAGGAAGCCAUCAACAACUUAUGCCUCCUGCAAAUGGCUAUGUGCACAAGGGAGCAGAUAGUGGCACAGGGCCAUUAGUGAUCUGCUCAGAUUGUUAUGACAAUGCAAACAUCUACUCCAGGACCCGUGAGUACUGUCCUUAUGCAUACAUUACAGAAGAGGACCCACUGGAUCACACAUUGUCCAGUCUUAUGGUACAAGUGCCCAAGGAGACCUAUCCAACAGACACCCAACAUGAAGCCAGAAUUCUGGAUAAUCUUAUAGUAGACAGAGAAAUGUCUGCCUUUCUUACCCAUCAUGACAGAAUAAAUGAGAAGAAACUCUCAUCUCAGCAGACUAAUAAUGAACCUUUUCAGCUACCCUUAUGGGGACUAAACAGAGACAUAGGGCUGGCUCACUCACGCUUCCCAAAGCAGCAGUCAAUCCGUGAGGAGGCCCCUCAAGGUCUCCGAAGUGAGGGAGUCAUUGACGGUGAGAGAGAACAAGCUGUUUCACCUAGACCUUGCCACAGGUUACGUGAACAUAACUUGGAUUUUAACAGGACUCGGAACAUUCAGGAAUUUAGUAAAGCCACAUAAACAGCAAAGUGAAGCUUUGGAAGCAAACUCAGAUCAACUGACUUUGUAUUUUCUACCUCAGGAUUAACCCCUUGCCCAAAGAUGCUUUAUACACAUGUCUACAAUUACAGGCUGAGUGGACCAAGACAGACUCUCUGCUAGGAGUGGGAUGAUGGCACAAGCUUUUGUCUCCUGGAUUUACUUGUGUUGGAAAGACGGGGAGCCACAGCAUUAUAUUAUGGUUGGACAAUUUUGGUGAAUGAAGUGAACUCCACUACAAGAGUAUUGGAAGGCAUGAGCAUUAUGAUGUCAUAUCAACACGGGCUGUCUGUUCUGAAAAUUCUGUCAAGAAGGCUUUGCUGUUUCGUGUUGCCUUUCAUGCUCCCCAUAGAAUUCUCCAGUAAUUGCAACCAUACAGCUGUUGUCCAGCUUUCUGUUCCUUUAAUCUGCUAGCAGGAGUUGCAUCAUUGUGUCAGACUGGUAACUUUUUGGAGGGUUGUUUUUUCUCCUAUGAGUAAAGUAGUGCUCUAGUUGAGGGGUUCUCAAACUUCAUUGCACCACGACCGCCUUCUGACAACAAAUUACUACAGAAUCCCAGGAGGGGGGACUGAAACCUGAGCCCACUGAAGCCCUGCCACCCGGAGGGAGUGCUAAGCCCCACUGCCCCAGGCCCGGGGGUCAAAGUCCAAGGACUUUAGCCACAGGCAGGGGCCUGUAACCUUAGUUCUGCUGCCCAGGACUGAAGCCCUUGGGGGUUGGCUUUGGCCCUGGACCCCAGCAAGUCUAAGUCAGACCUGGCGACCUCAUUAAAAGGUGGUCGCGACCCACUUUGGUGUCCUGACCCACAGUUUGAGAACUGCUGCUCUAAUUGUAAAUAGAUUUGCAUUUAUAAAUAUUUUAUAUACACAAAUAAAUGUGUUGGCCAUAAUGUAAAUAUUUUUUAUUAUGCCAAAAAUACUGUUACAUCCUGUUGUACUCUUGAGAACUGGCUAUCAAACCAUAAAGAUUUGUACUGAUUAGGUUUUGUGGGUCUGAACGCUUGUUUCUUCAGGGAUAGAUCUAUCCUUUCAUGUUGGGAUGUCGGUGAAAUUGUGACCCUAGUGAAUAGCAUUGAUUUACAUACAGCUGUGUAUGCAUCUGGCUUGACAGUAUACAUGUAAACUGCUCCCUCUUCAUUAUAUGGUCGGGUGUCUUGAGCACCAAGUUUGACCCACUUAAAUCUGCCUGAAGAGUUCUGUAAUUCUUUGUAUGAAACACUACCUCCAUUUUCCAUGGAGCAUGAAGUCUCACAGAAACCCUGAAGUAACAAACCAGAACCUAAUCUCGACUUUCCUAGGAGUUCUUGUAAGUGGCGAACAAAACAAGAUUAAAAUGGUGACAUACUUUGGCAGUGGCCUGAAUAUGCAAAAUGACUUUUCUUCAUAAUCAUCUGGGAAAGUAGUGUUAGGUGUGAAAAAUCAAUGAGCUCUCAGUAGCUACUAUCUUUAGACUCUGCCAAGAUCUAAAAUGUCCUCAUAAAAAGACCUUUCUAUGCUGUAUACAGCAGAGAGCUUUGGCUGGAUGACCUGAUACUCUGCUACCUGUCCUCUACCUGUAGGGCCGACUUGCCCUCGUUACAGCCAGCAAUGGCCAACCAUCAGUUAGCUGCACUGAUACAGGCACCCAGUAUAGUGCACUUCAAAGUAAUGUUAAGCUGCACCAAUGUAAAUACCAACUUAGUGUAGACAGACAACUUGGCUACUAUUUGCACCAGUGCAACUUUCUCCCUGCUUGAAAGUGGUAUACAAAUCAUGGCUUAUAGCAUUUUUUCCCGUCUUAAGGAGGUGUUUGCACAAGUGGAUGGUCACAGAUGGCUGAAAUAUCCAGUGCAGACAAGACCUUAGUCUGCCCCACACCCCAAAAAAAGGGAGUAAAUUUCCCCUCUCAUCUCAGUGAGUUGUCAACAUCAAAGCCUAAUUCUGAUCGCAAAUGCAGCCAUAUCAUUGGUGGUGGCUGUACCAGAAACCUCCAGCUACUCACCAUAUGUGUGGGGCUGGACAUAAAAUCAUACAAAAUGUAGGGCUGUAAGGGACCUCAUGAGAUCAAGUCCAGCCCCCUGCACUUAGGCUGGACCACAUAAACCUAGAUCUUCCUUGACAGGUGUUUGUCCAACCAGUUCUUAAACACCCAAGGGGGGAUGGGGAAUCCCCAUCGUUGGGGAAGCCUGUUCUAGAUUGAAAUUACCCUUAUAGCUAAAAAGUUCUCCAAAAAAUUAACCCAAAUCUCCCUUGCUGAAGAUUAAGCUGUUUAUGAUUUGUCCUACCAUGAGUGGACAUGGAGAACAGUUGAUCACCAUCCUCUUUCUAUAAUAGCCCUUAAUGUAUUUGAAUAUCUCCAAUCCAUUGCAAAAGGGUGAGUACUGAGUAUGCAGCACUUAGACAUUUAGAUUACUGGGGGCAAGCUGUGAAGUGGAUGUCCAUGGUGAAGUGUCAUGGUGUAUUGUUAUGUGGGUUUUCUAGUAAGCUGUUCCACAGCAAUGGUGAAUAUGCACUUCUGAAAGCUAUCCGUCAAAAUAUCAGAGGUGAAAUCCUAGCACAUUGAAGUUGGUUCAGAAACUUGCAUUGACAUUAAUGAAGCCAGGAUUUCAUCCUAAAUAUUUAAAGGGUAAGACUCACCUUUGAAAAAUCAGGAAACUUUAAAACUUAAAUCCCCUACUAGCCAUUUUUUCCCUACAUUUGGAAAGCAGUUCCCUUUACUGCUGAGGUUCCCUGUGUGACAUGUUAGCAGCAGAAUCACUCGAUGAAUGUCUUCUCCCCAGCAGCACAGGCACAGAAGUGUCACCAAUCACAUAACAUAUAUCAAAGGAAUAAUAUAAUCCUACACUGUCUAAAAAGCUGUCACUUUCUGGUAAAAUCAUCUAGGUAGAGAUGCUCAUUUUACAUUGUUUUUUCAUGAUUUUCAUCUAUUUUGCAUCUUCAAGGACACAGUGAGCUUAUAGCUAAAGCACUUGGUGGUGCUGUCCUUCCUAGUGUAUUUUGUCUCCAGUAAAUAAGAUCCCCAGGGCUUUCCUCCUGAUCAUUGAUGCCUUUGUUCAGUCUCUAGAAAAUCCACUGAUCAGUAGUGGAUUCAGCACCGUGACUCUCAAUUUUAGAAGGAAAAACGCAGUCUGCAUCAAACCAAAAGGUAGAACUCUGCAAGAACUAGUGACUUCUCCUGCUGUUCACUUCUUAGAUGGGAUUGUAAGGUUUGAGGCAUCUCAGGUGACGCCCCCCCUCUCAGAGACCACAGCUAGAACUUGCUUGAGCCAGAGAUCAGCUCACCUACAGGGUAAGUGAGCCGCCUCAAAUAUUUUUGAAAAUAUCCAUUACUUUCCUUCUCGGGCGUGGCUGGUGGUCAGAUCCAGGCAAACAAGGAUCAAAGAUUCAGCAGUGGCAGUUAUCCCAGAGUUCUUAAAGCAAACCGUAAGGUAGUCCAGCAGCUGUACUGUGGGGGGGAGUCAGUUGUUUUUGAUGUUCAGAUAAAGUAGAACUAAACACUGGCAUUUUAGUCCCUUGAUGUUUUGAAGUUCUCAAUAUUUUGGGCUACUAAAUGUAACACUCACUACAGCUCAAAGGGAAAUUCUUAAGUACCUGAUGGGGGAAGAGGGUGGAAACCCUAAGUUUCUCUCUGAACUGCAUAUAGGAAGGCAUAUAGUUGAUUUUAGCCUGAACUUACCUUUGUUCCAAAGAACCCUGCUGUUGUCUAUGGGUAUCUCUCCACAGUAUUUUGGAGUGAGGCUCCCAAAGCAGCUCAACACUCGAGCUAGCUCUCUGAAAGUAGCUAUGUAGACAGCAUUUGGAAGUUGCGGCUCGAGCCCUAAAGCCUGGGGCAGGGGGGUAAGUGUCAGCUUGAGCUGCAACUUCCAAGUGCUAUGCAGCUACUGUUUGAGCACUAGCACAAGCCCUGCAACCCAAUUCUGUUGGGCUGGGCUGGGAGGCUCACUCCAAAAGUCUGUAGACAUACUCUGAUAGCCUAAAAUCACAUCAGAAGUGCCAAUUAUGAAAUUGCUGCAAUGGGAAACUUGCAUCAUUUCAGGCUUUCUGCCUGAUUUGGUCACACAUGAUAAAUGUCAGUGUGGCAUAGCUGGUCCACAGCAUGUUAAGAGCCAUGAUCUCUUGGCAGCAGAAAAAUAACACUUCAUUUCUGCUGUGCUUUUUCCUCUUUCCAUUUGGCAAACAUUUUUUUCCCUCUCCCUCUAUUUUGUAUGGAGCACAAGUCAACAUGGCAUUAGCAUCUCUGUUUGUGCAACCCACUGAUGCUAACUUGGUGUGCAUGACAGGUUAGGGAGCCUCAUCUGCCCUGGUACUCAGAACUCCCAGUGAAGUCAAAAGCAGUGUUGUCUUGUAAGGUGUGCAGAAUCAAGUUUAAGGCUUGUAAGUUAUGCUACCUGCAAUAGAACAGAUUUACUUAGUGUCCUGGCAUAAACAGUGGCCUCUUCAAAGUGGUUUUAAGCUGGUUGUACAUAGCCUUGACUGACUUACCAAUGUACUACUUUUGCAUUCUGAAAAACAGGCUAAGUUUCCAACUGCAGUUUUAAGAGCAACAGCUCCUAAAUUACACAGUUAGAAACAGGAUGAUGCAGCUAUCUGUGUUUUGCUAAGACAUUCACCUAUCUGUUUACCAAGAGAUCUGUCUGACUUGCAGAGAAUAACAGAAGUUAUUCUGUUUCCCAUAAACAUACCCAUCUUUGUUAGUCAAUGCCAAAGUGAAGCAGCUCUAAUAAUGGGUGUGUCUAAGGCACUGUCUACAGAUCUGCCCUCAUUUACUGUUGCUCUUUCCUAGUAUCUCUAUUUUUCUCACGUAUAAGAAUGUAUAUUUUGUAUAGCAUGUGUAACAUACUUUUGUUUGUUGUAACUUACCGUCCUUCAAUAAAACACUACAUACAGUG